AUGGCACCAAAGAAGAAAGCAUCAAAAAAAGAAACUUAACCAACCAAAAAAUAACCAGCCAAAAUAGAGAAAGUUCAACCUGCUCCCAUACCUCCUAGUGUGGUCUAGAAUAAACCAAAGAACAUUAAGCCGGACUUCUAUUUUGUGAUUCCUCAAGAUGAAGAAGAGCAUUAUAGAAGGGAAGUGUACCAAAGAAGAGAAAACAAGAAUAAAAGUUGCAUAGAUAUGAAUGAAAUUAGACAGAGGGAUAAUUUCGCGCCUCAAGAGAUUCCUGUUAUUAAUAAGGUAUCUUAAAAAAUUGUGAUUGAGUAAGAAUGUACCAAUGAUUCCUCCCAGUUAUUUACACUAAAUCAGUCGGAGUUGCCUACUAGUGCCUCAAGACAAUUAAAUAAACCUAAGAUAUUAUCCAUCAAACCAAAGAAGCUUACUAUGACUGUUAAACCUUCAGAUGAUGCCAUGGACAUGGAAGAUGAUUGGUACUAAGAACUUAACAAGGAUAUCAAUCAUACUAAGCAUUUCCUACUAGGAGUUCCAAAAUAAUAAUCAUCUCACAAUGAGAAAUCAUUGACAACAGAAAGGAAUUCAAUGACCAAAAACACCAAGAAAAUGGAUCUUGAUUUACAGAUUGAACCCACUCAAACUUAAACAACUGUUAAAUUGACUAAAGUUAUGAAAACUAAAUUAGAUUCCAUGAAUGAAUGCUACAACUCACUACUAGAAGCCACAAUUCCAGAAGAAAUCUUAUGUCGAGAUUAUGAAAAGGACUUGAUCACUAAGUUUAUCGAAGAUGGCAUCAAGAGCAAUGGCUAAUCUUAAGCCUUAUAUAUAUCUGGAGUUCCAGGAAUUGGUAAGACUGCAACUGUUAUGGAAGCCUAAAAGAAGUUAUCGAGCAAAAAAGAUAACUUCUAAUUUAUCUAUGCUAAUGCAAUGAAUUUUGGAUUGCCAGACAAUAUUUACUCGUAUUUACUAGAAAAAAUCACUACUAUAAAGGAUGCUUCUAAGGCCUAAGCAUGCAUCUUACUAACUGAACUAUUCACCAAGGGUUCUUUACCUGCAACAUACAAAGCUUAUGAUAAAUCAGUGAUCAAAAAGAAUAGGGUUAUUCUAUUAGAUGAAUGUGAUAAUCUAUUUACUCCUGAUUAAUAAGUAUUGUAUAAUUUGGUGGACUGGCCGUAACAAAAGCAUGCAAAACUUACGAUAAUUAUGAUUGCAAAUACUAUGGACUUCCCAGAGAGACUCAAACCAAAACUAUAAUCAAGACUUGGAAAUCAUAGAGUAGUGUUUAGACCAUACACUAGUGCUCAAAUAGAAACCAUAUUGCAAUAAAGAAUGAAGGAUAAGAAAAUCAAAGAAUUGUUUGCCUCCAACACUCUAAAUUAUCUUGGUAAGAAGAUAGCAACAAUCUCAACUGACAUCAGAAAGACAUUGUGUGUUUGCAGAAAGGCUAUAGAAAUUGGAAGGGAGGAACUUCAGAGAACUGGGUAAUUCAAAUAAAUUGAAGUCAAUCAUGUCAAAUUAGCUUAUGAUAGAAUUUAUAACAAGGCCUAUCAUGCAUGCUUAAAUUCAUUCAGUAAAUCCCUGAAGUUGUUGUUAAUUACUACUGCUUUAGAAAUACACAUCAAAGGUUACAAUGUAGCUAACCUUCAAUAAGUCCUUCAGAGAUAUAAUCAAUAUUUGAUAUAAAACAAAGAUGAUCCAAUUGGAUAUUAAGAGAUGAAAUAGAUCCUCAUGAAAUUGAGUGAGUUAAAUUUAGUUGAAAUAAAAGAAUAAAAUAUUCUGUUGACCAAAACUUCUUGGUAAUAGAAAGUGAAUGAUUCACUCCAAAAGGAUAAUUUGAGAAAUAUUAAUGAUGUAAUAAUUCAUUUGAAAAUCAACGUUGACGAUAUCAAGAAUGGUCUCUCAAAUGACACAUUAUUUUAAUAGUUUUCUUAGUUUUUCUGA